AUGGCAGAGGCAUCUCGCGGAGGGCGCCUCGGAGCCCGUCAACGUGGAUGCAGCGGCGAGAAGGGCGGCUGCGUUGAGAUUACACCAAACACCGCCCCCACAAGAUCUGCGCAGAAGCAGAUCUUCAACGUGAUGAAGUUCGACAGCUACCCGCGCUUCCUGCGCUCCGGCGUGCACGCGGAGUGCGCGCGCGCCGACCUGCGCGGCCUGCCGCCGCCCUACGCGCCGCCCGACGCCAAGCUGAAGAAGUCGGCGUCGAACGCGUCGGAACGCCGUCGUAGCGGCUCUCUAUUGCCAUGGAAGGCGCGCGCCGCUUCCCGCGAUCGUAGCGCCGCCUCCACUCAAGAGGACACCGGCCUCACCGACGUUGUAAAAUCGAGUCAAACAGGCAACGGUUCCUGCUCGUUAUGUCGCGUGGUGUUACCAGAUGGAGCCACAUCUGUAGUGGGGGUGGAUGACGCGGUCACAGUGAAACGUCUAGUGGAUCGCCUUCUACAAAGAAGAAACCUACCUUGCAGUAGCUAUGAUGUCUUAGUACGGGCCACACCUGUAGACUGUGAGGCACCCUCCUCCGCCCUCGGAGGCAGAGAGGCCAGGGUUGAGAGACGAGUGGUCCUGAGGGUUCUGAUAGGGAACCGAGCGGUUCUUGUACGUUGUCGCCCAGCCAGACGUCUCCGACACAUCCUACGUCCAGUACUCCAGAGAUACUUGCCAGGGUCUGGAAACCACGCGGCUGUAUUAGCAGGAGCACCUCAACACCCCUCCACGACUUUAUCCCCUGGGAUGCAAUUACAUCCAGAUACAUUAGUUCAGGAUCUGGACGGAGCCAGGAUCAGGAUAGUGGAGACGUCGUCGGAGAUGGCCUUGGAGGUGGCUGAUGAUGAAGUCGAUUCUCUAAGUGAUGUGGCGCUGAGGCUGCAGGACGACUGUGAGGAUACACAGAAUUGGUAG